GUUGUUUGUUAGUUGCGAUGAGCAGUGCAACGUGAUGGAGAUAACAGUGUGAAUGCUUUCCGAACAAACACAGUGGGAUAUCCCGAUGUUUCAGCAGCCUUGCUGGGAAUGGUGCAACUUUUCACUACGCAAGCGAACGAGUACGUGACAUAAUUAUGUGAAUAUCCCCAAAUUUAACAACUGUAGAUGGAAAUUGGACCUGCAAGCGCGUUCUGAUUUUUCGUAUCACACGCAAACUUGUCUGAGAAUCCCUCGCGCGUCUUUCCACUGUGGUUGAGUUUGAAAUGGUGUGGCGUGGGACCUACCCAGACUAUCCUCAGAUUUUUCCAUGAUUGAAGUGUUUGAUAUUUUCAAAUCAGUCGUAAGCCUUUUGUAAUUAUUGUAAUUCCGAGAGAAAUUAUGAUAUUGUUUUCGACUGCAGUUCGCAACAAACACGGAUAAGGAGACCAGAAAAAAGUGGCGUACCAGCAGUCUCGACUUUCUUUGGUGAGCUGUCCAGAGGGCUGUCAAAACUGGAGGGUUUCUGUGAUGCGGUGCUCCUGGCCCUGGACUGCUUCAACUGUGGAGGGGAUCUCACUGAGUGACCAUUGAUGCUGCAACUCGGGGUGGCUGAGCCUAUGCGAGAGUGCGAAUACAGCCAGAUCAGCACUCGCAGCUCAACCCCAAUGGAAACUCCAUACAAGAAGAGGACCCCCAAAAAGAGGAAGUGGCAAGCCUUCCCGGGGCGGAAUAAAUUUUACUGCAAUGGGAGGAUCAUGAUGGCCAGACAGACAGGGGUCUUCUACCUCACCCUCGUCCUCAUUCUCAUCACAAGCGGACUCUUCUUCACUUUUGACUGUCCCUUCCUGUCGGUGCAGCUCACCCCAGCCAUCCCAGUGAUAGGGGGGGUGCUAUUUGUCUUUGUGCUGGGGACUCUCUUCAGGACGAGCUUCAGUGACCCGGGGGUCCUGCCCCGAGCUACACCUGAUGAGGCUGCAGACCUGGAGAGACAGAUCGAUGUAGCCAACGGCUCCAGUUCGGGGUACCGGCCGCCCCCCAGGACGAAAGAGGUGGUCAUCAAUGGGCAGACGGUCAAGCUCAAGUACUGCUUCACCUGUAAGAUCUUCAGACCACCACGUGCCUCUCACUGCAGCCUUUGUGACAACUGUGUCGAGCGUUUUGACCACCACUGUCCCUGGGUGGGGAACUGUGUUGGGAAGAGGAACUACCGUUUCUUCUACAUGUUCAUCCUCUCCCUCUCCUUCCUCACAAUCUUCAUCUUCGCCUUUGUCAUCACACAUGUCAUCUUACGAUCCCAUCGACAAGGGUUCCUCAACGCACUCAAAGACACUCCUGCUAGUGUGCUGGAGGUGGUGGUGUGUUUCUUCUCUGUCUGGUCCAUAGUGGGGCUGUCUGGAUUCCACACAUACCUGAUCAGCUCCAACCAGACCACAAAUGAAGAUAUCAAAGGGUCGUGGUCGUCUAAAAGAGGGAAAGACAAUUAUAACCCUUACAGCCACGGAAACAUAUUAACCAACUGCUGUGCAGCACUGUGCGGACCCCUGCCACCCAGUCUCAUCGACAGAAGAGGCUUUGUCCAAUCAGACACGCCACAGCCCACCCCGCCAACCAAUGGCAUCACCAUGUAUGGAUCCACCCAAUCACAGAGCCACAUGUGUGUUCAAGACCAGUGCAUUCAGAGCACCAAAUUCGUUUUGCAGGCUGCCGCCACGCCCCUGAUGCAGAGUGAGCCGGUCAUCCUCACAGACGAGGCCUCUCUACCGGGCAGGACGUCAUUAGGCGGUCCCUGCUCUGGAGCCCUGCCGCUAGGGGGCCAGCCUACACCCCCCACCUCCACCCCCAACCUCAGCUGUGACAAUGGCAUGCUGCCCACCCGGAACGACCACAGCGAAGCGCACCACCACACGGACGGGGUCCACCACCACUUCCUCACGCCUGAGGAAGCCCCCUCGCCACCGGGCAUGCUUCCCUGCGGCAGCCCCCUGGGACACAGCCACACCAUUCAGGGCUUCUACAACCCAGCCAGCCAGGACUCUCUACAUGAGGACUCUGUCAGAGGCCUGGUCAAACUCAGCUCUGUCUGACAGGGGGUUCACUCAUAUCUGUCCAUCCCCUAAAACACUCCCCCCAGGCUCUCCAUCCACACCUGUGCCAAACAGUGGGUCUUCCCAACCCUGAAUGCCUGUAACCAAUAUCCUCUCCGUCCUCUAAAAUCACAGGACUUCUCUAAAAGACUGUGAUACUAUUUGGCUACUGAGAGCAGAAUUGAACUAGGACCUUCCCUCCUAAGCCAACGACUUGCCAAACCUCUGCAUCAUACAGGGGGUUGUUGCUGGUGAAGGGCCCAGGGGACUUGUGCUUGUCCUGUGCUCCUCUUCUACUGAAGCGUAGUCCACUGUCCUGGGAGGGGGACAGACAAAAGAGGGCUGUCUGUCAGCUAUUUAAAGCAGAAAGAGGUGGCGUUGUGAGUUAUUCCUAAACAUGUUAAAGAAAAGCUGCUUUAUUUCUGUCGUGAAUCACAGGUCUGCCAUUUAUUUUUUUGUACAACGGACUAUGGCCUACUUGUUGAUCUGAUGGACAGUGUCUUUGCCUUUCUAUCUGAUUCUGGUUUACAGUCAAUCACCAAACAAGAGUUGUCAUCAUGAUGUAUAUCAUUUAAUUCAUACAUGUUUUUAAGUUACAUGUUAAGAUUCUGUAUUGUGCCAUACCAAGGUCAUUUCUUUUCCUCAAGUUCUUUUUCCUGUGGAUAUAUGAAUAAAAUCACAUUUUUAAGGAACUAGA